GCCACGGCCGCUGCUGCCGGGGAGACAAUGACGAGGACCACGGAAACUACGAAUAAAUCUGAUUCAACUACUCCUGGAGCACCAAGUUCUUCCAAAACUACAUCGGUCAGGGAACUGAUUUCGAACAGCAGAAAAUAUUCCAUCGCUUCUAACGACGUUGAUGCUGGGCGAGGAGCAGGGACGAGCGGGACCACCGGAAAUCUCAGUGGAGAAGGUCGUGACAUGUCUGACGAGCUGAAGAAAAUGGAGAGGGCGCUGCAACAGGUACGGAGUGUGCUACUUCUAGAUCUUUUGUGACAAUAGCACGACGAUGAACAACUCCUGUGAUGUGAUUCUGAAUCUGAUCUUCCAACGCAGUUCUCUACAAUCAUGUUCGCGUUUCACGGCGCACAAAAAUAACUCGUCUUCGUUCAGGCUCGGCUGGACGCGUCGUUGCUGCGCCAGCAGCUCCUGCAGACGACAAAGAUGCUGACUGUGGGGAAGCGGGCACAGCAGGGAAAAAUGAGCUUGCUCCGCGAAGACCUGCUGGCGCUGCAAAAGCGCGUCUCGGAGGAGCGCACCGCCUUCGAGCUGGCCCAGGCAAAGGCGGACGCGCGCGUGGCAGAAAUACAGACGGUAAACCAGGGGUUGUGCGCGGUCGUGCAGCAAAAGGGUCAGGAUGUGGAAAACGUACGGAAGUGGGGCCGGAAAGUGUUGCAGCAGCGAACCGCUGUGGAGAGAUUCCUCGUCGAAGCCCUGCAGGAGGUGCGGCUUGCAAUUUUACCUUGUCAACAUGCGGCCCCAGAAGUAGACCCGGCAUUGAAGGAGCCGCGCGGGACAGCAACGAAGAUGACACGACCCGGAGCAACCAUUUCCACUGCGCGGGGAGCGAAUGGAGCUAGUACAGGAGAUCGACGUCGUCCCCAAGACCUUCUCAUGCUUCUCGAUGCAGCCGACGUGGUGCACAGUAGCGGUCAAAAUCAUAACAAACAAAGAGUACAGAAAGAGAUGGCCGAGGCCAUCGUGGACAAAAACUACAUCAAGCCCUAUCUUGGAGACAAAGGGACGAGUACAUCCUCAAAGCAGUCGUGGAGAGCGAUGCUCGAGCUCCCUCCGCGUACCAAGAAGAGGCAACGCAUUGAUACGCGCGGGAUGCGCUUUCCGAUAGAAGAAAUCAUGCCAAAUGAAAUGGUCGAAAGAGCACGGAGCGGGAGAAAUGAUGUUCCUGAGGAGAAGCCGCCGGCGCCAACCUUGCUGGAACUGGAAGACGGACAAGCAGCUGAUAGCGGGACGUAUGAUCUUGACUGCAUGAAGUCGCGAGUUGACGGUGCGGGGGAGGGAGAGGAUAGUGCGGAAGUAGAUGACGGGUACUGCAGCUCGCUGGCGGUUCUGUCUCCCACAAAUACAGCCGCCGAGGGGCUGCUUCACGCCCUGGAGAUUGGUUCCAGCCAUUCGAGUUGCUCCAGUCGUGAAGACGCCACGAGGACCCCGAGGUUUGUUCGGGAACAAAGCGGCGCCUCCGCUGAUGUAGUACCGAAGCAGGGCAGAGCUAUCGUGAAUAGCUCCACUAAGUCCCGGCUUGCGCAAGAGAUCGCUGGAGCAAUGACCAAGGCCAUGGCGCGCAUCGAACAGUCUGCUCAAACAGAAAAAAGAAGCAUACAGAGCGAGCACUGCUCGUCAGCUUCGGCAACAACGCCAAGAGCGCAGGCGGAAGAGCUGCUAGAUUGGUACUACUUGAGCACGACCUUUGGCCACGAUGAGUUUGUCUCUCGUAUAACGGAAGCCGUCGCUUUGGGCGCUUGUUCGAGCGCGGAACCAACAUCGAGUAACGAGGUGCCAGCAGCCAGCAUGGGAGGCCGUCGUGAACAGGAGGAGGACCAAGAGCUACUACCGAGCUUGCGCGACACUCCGUUCGACGAUCGCUGCGAGAACCAUCAGCGGCCGGCGAGUAGUUCUUCCAGUCGCAGCCUCGUGUCGAGACGCUCGUUCCAUUCAGUUCGGGGGAAUUUUCCGGUGGAUCAUUUCGAUCCACAUGAAGAUCCAGCGAGUCAUCAAGAAGGAGGCCAAAAGCUUCUACAGCAGCAUCCUACAACUACAAGGCAACCGAGUUGUGGAGCACCAGCAGGACAACGACCAGCGUCGUCGCCCAGCCGUAAGCGUCCGCACACUGCUGACAGCUGUUACCGGGAGCGCGCCGAGGGCAAACCUGAAGCGACGCUGAAACACAACAGCACAGAGGAGGGGGCGAAAGAUGGUUUCCGAGCAAGUAGGCACAAAAAUAACGCAGCCCUGUUCGCUAGUACAACAACUGUCAACUUUACCGCGCCGACACCACCACCCACCGGUCUGCCUCGUUGCUCUGUGCCAGCGCGGUUGCGACUCAACAAAGCCAUGGGGAGUUACGAUGCGUCGCGCGCCGAUGCAGCGACGAGAAUACGGAUCGGAGAUGAAGUAGACGUGAAGAAUCCCGCGAAAGCGAAUACUGGCAGUGGUGUAAAUAAUCAUAAUGAUUAUCAAGCAGGAAACAAUAACUCGAGUUCGCCACCAGCUAGUUCGAAGUCGCAAUGCAAGAAAGAAGAAGCCGCGCCGACUGCAAAUCUACAGCUAGUUCUCAGAGGCGAAGGGCAACAGGAGGGCGCGCAAACUCCAAGAAAGGUCGAGACAACACCGGGCAGUCCACCUAGAGCAGGUGCUGCCGCCGCGAUGCCGGGUUUCGGUUCAGUGAACCAAGUUGAUGUACAACAUCUUCGAAGGUCCGCGAGUUCUAGUUCUUCACAUAGUAGAGAUCUAGACGAAGACUCGACCACCUUGCUCCAGCAGAAUCAGCGGAGCCAUAGGGCAGCUCAAGAGCAGAUACCACAAGCAGAAUCUUCUGGUCCAGAGGACAGCGACGGGGCCUCGGCGUCCGCGGCCUGUGGAACUUUCGUGACAAGCCUUAUCGGCGAGGAGGAGAACGAGGUAUUGAAUGACAACCUUUCAAGCACGGCUGCUGAGAAAAGUAUCCGUGCUGAAAACAACGUUGCCACCAGCGAGGGUGUGAGUCGUUCUUCAGAUGACGGCUGCGGUCGUGGACAAAAAAGGGAGCAAAAGACGAUUGGAGAUGAAGAGCAGCGCUUUCUUUCAGAUCCAGGAUAUAAAACGCAGCUACAAGAAGCGACGUCGCAUCAUCGCCAUUUUCUUCGCGGUCGUGAGAAGGAGACAACUUGCACCGAAGAUGCAAAUGCCGCAUCCGAAAUGAACCAAGCUGCAGCUGCCGUCCAGAGCUGCUCUGCUUGGACGUGGACGCAGCGCGAGCACGCACUAAAGCUGGUGUUCAAUCGGAUAUUCGCGAAUUCGGCCUCCGCGAACCAAGCACUAAAUCAGCUAAAACUGCACUUGCUGACCAGCGGGCGUCGCCAAGGCGCCGGUGCAAUAAAACCUGGCGUACCGACCACUUCGGUCACGACCAAUGGCAAGAAGUACGACCGAGGCUCAGGUGGUGGUGCGAGGAACCCGCCCACAAAAAACGCGACUUUUGAGCAACAGAAGACCAAACAGGAGGCUGGUGCGCAACUGAUCACUCUUGCUGGUGGUGCGGCCCGUGCUUCUCAUCUUCCAGCGACGGAUUUGUUGAGCAAGAUUCUCGAUUCGCUAGACGAGGUCGAGCAGGUUUCCAGCCGUCAGAAAGCGUCAUCUUUGCAAGUAAAUUCUGCUGCUAAAUGUUCAAGCGGUGGAGAAGCUACAUAAACAAGUAAAUGAAUCCCAGUACAAUCGCCAUACACAGAUCAAUAGUGAAAGCGCUGCACGGCUUCUGUAAGAUAGUUUCUUUCGGCAAUUUUCACCAGUUCUCGCUCACACUAUGAACUAUGAAUAUCGGUAGUAAAUAGGCUAACAGGACGAGGACGUCGAGUAGAGCUUUUCGCUCGACACUACGGAGUUACGGAAUUAUGCUAAAAAAAGGAUGGUCCUAGGCGUACGCCUAGAAGUACAAUCAGGUUCAAGAUGCAUGAAAUCAGUAUGUCUGCAAAUACAUGUAUGAUUUCGCAAAUGAAAUAAUGUGAUCACGACCACGAACACGAUGGACGGGGACGCGUCCCUUCCUGGCUGCUUUCAUUUCAGAGUGACGAAUUCUUUGGAAUUCCAACAACCCAAGCUGUGGUAUGGAAUGGCGCAGCCGACACCCAGGUGAGAGCUCGUCGAUGUGGUCAAU